AUGGCUUCGUCCGAAGUUCUCUUUGCCCAUUUUGCAACGAAAGUCUCUUCGAUCUUAAAGGACUAUACCACAUAUGCAUUGGAUGAGACUCUGCUCAACGAUGAAAAGCUCGCCAUUGGAACACCACCAAGUACUCCCAUAAUUCUGCAUGUCGCGGGAUGGGACAGCUUAUACUACGAUUUGGGCCUUCGACGACCACAUCUUCAAGUUCGUUCGGAUCGUUGGAGAAGGGCAGAGACCGACUGUUCUACAAGCACUUUGAUUCCUUCUGAAACUCGCAAAUUACACUUAUCGUCGCCAUUUCAGACAAAUCCUGGGAUAAACUUCGAGGCCCAUACACUCAGAAGCGGCUUCGCACAUGGGUUCCCCUUGCCACAAUGCUCCAGGAAGUUUUGUUUCUCAAAUGUUGACGGUCUACUGGCGGAAGUUCAAGCAGAUUCGGAGGACCAAAAGGAGAUGCUUUCUGCCAUCGAAGCCGUUGGCCGGUGGAGCAGGCUUCUCAGCUGGAGGGGUUGUUUCUUCACUGACGGCGGCAUUUCCCUUCUUUCUCGGAUAGGGCUCCUUGCACCAGCUCUCUGGAUCAAAGAUGACGGGACCCUUUAUGUUGAACUCCUUGGCGGUUCUUGUGAAGUUGCACGAGUUUGUCAAGAUGUAUUGAAGGGCAUCGGGACCGUUGUUUCUCCAACCGAAGGUCGAUCAUCUAUUGCUAUCGAGGACGUCAAGAAUAUCACUCUAAAUUACUACAACAGCCAUCGUGCACUUCUGCGACUUCAGAAGCCUGAGGGAAACGAUGCUAGAUCUUUUCGGCGUAAAUUACGCCUCAAAAUGUCUUCAACGUUGCCGUUAGAUGCCCUCCGUGUUGCUGCUUGGUCCUACGUCUCAUUUGAGGAAGUUCAUCUAUGGGGGACAGUGGACGCUCAGCUGCAACCUACGCUUGCAAGAACACGAAACGCUUGGCCAACAGUAGUUGACCAUUGGAACGGCUUACAACGACUGCCUUCCCGCCAUGCCAUUGGCGGUAGCCUGCCUAGAUUUCAUCCUUCUUUACACCAUCAUCUUCAUCAUCGCCUCUCUCUUCUAUUGUACCCUGAAUCCCGCUGGACUGCCAACGAGAACGAAAGUUACAAAGGCUCAAAUGACCGCCCGACACUACACAACGGUCUAUCUGAUCGUGGACACCAUACGCUUCAGAAUCAAAAGCAACACCUCAGCGAUACCCAAAAUGUUGAGACCUCGGACGACUCGGCCUCGGGUUUGGAUGUCUGCCUGAAGCCAGCGAGCAACCCCAAAGAGGGUUGGAAACCGCCUCUUGAUCACGGCUCCCACCCUUCAAUCACCCCUCCAGAUCGCGGUCCUCUCCCUACGACACCGGCUCGUCGCCCAGGUAUUGUCACCCCCUUUCAUUACGUUUCACUGACGCUGAAGAUGUGCAUUCAAGUUUAUCGCCGUCGCCCAUUUGGAAGUUGGCUGAAGGCGACGUACAUCCACGACGUCCAUGUCCGAUAUUUCACUUCCUCCGACGGUGCCUCUCAUAUAUGUACGCUCACUACCUUCGAAAACCCCGUGUUGAACCUUCGCGCCUGA